UCUGUGUUGGGAGCUUUCCGUGUUGCAGAGUGUUCACAAUCGCUGUCUUGUCCGCCAGCCAGGAUUGAUAAGCGAGGAGGGAUCGACACUCUUGACUAAAUUCUCCUUGAUUUGUUGUUAACAUGUUCAAACCUCCACUAGGGGCGUCCACCGUCAUCUCGCUCGACCAAAACAUCUUUCGUUGAAGUUUCGUGCCCGAUUAAAGUCGUCCCGGUGGACAUUGGUGUUUCUCGGCCUAGUUUAGCUUCGUGUGAACAAUGUGCACAAGGACAUCAGAAUACGAAGAUGAACGUUGUGGAGAAAAAGAGGACCACAAGGGACAACGUCAACUGCUGGACGCCAUUGGCAGGAUGCAGCCAAGAGUUCUUCACAGAUUAGACACCAGCAAAGAUGUUUGUCCUGAGCGGCUGGAUGCAGAGUCUUCUCACAUGAAUGAGAAAGAGGAGAAAAAAGAGAUCUCCCACUUAAAAGAGGAAGUGGAGCAGCAGGGCCAAUAUAUUAAAGAGCAGGAGCUACAGUACCGUUGCACGAAAGUGGAGGUGGAUGAUCCCCCUGACAUCAAAGAAGAGGACGAUGAGGAGGUUAUCUGCAAGGUGCCAUUUACUGGUGUCCUUCAGAAGAGCAUAAAUGAGGCAGACAGAGAGGCUCCAAGCACCAGCUCAUGUCAACACAUGACAACAAAAGGUGUUGGAAACCACCAGGAAGAAUCAAAAGUAAAUGGCAUCUUAGCUCCACGAUCAGAAAGUGACAACAUGUCAUUAAAUGCAGAUGAGGAUGAGGAGGAUGAAGAUGACUCUGAAGGUGAUCUGACAUGUAACGCAGACAACAAACCCUGUAAAUGUUCUCACUGUGGGAAAAUGUGUGCUUGUAAAAGUGCGUUGGAAUUCCAAAUCAGAACACAUACUGGUGCAAAACCGUUCACCUGUUCAAACUGUGUCCAGAAAUUCUCUUAUAAGACAAGCUUAAAAAGUCACAAAAGAACCCACACUGUUUGUGGCCAAAGAUUCUCAUGGAAGCAUCAGAUUAAGAAUCACAAGUGCGAUGAUGAGACAAGCAGUCAUCAUUGA